AUGGUUGAUGUUUAUGAUGGCAAGAUCUGGAAGGAGUUUUUGACAUUUAAUGGAAAGGAUUUUCUUAAUUCAUUCAGAAACUAUGGAUUUAUGCUGAAUUUUGAUUUCUUCCAACCAAUGAAAAGGAGGAAGGAUUAUUCUGUUGGAGUGUUCUAUCUUGUUCUUCUGAACUUACCAAGGGCAGAAAGAUUCAAAUGGGAGAAUGUCAUCAUUAUUGGCAUAGUACCCUCGCUUAGCAAGGAACCUAAAGACUUGAAUCCAUUUUUGAAACCAGCGGUAAAGGAAUUACAGUGUUUGUGGAAAGGGAUUCGAUUAAAUUCUGCCCUCAGUCGUUUUCCAUUGACAUUCAAGGCAGCUGUGUUAGCCGUUUCGUGCGAUAUCCCUGCUGCUAGGAAGUUAGGUGGUUGUAAAAGUCACUUGGCUCAAAGAGCCUGUUCUCGAUGUCUGAAGUUUUUUUCCUGGUGGCUUUGGUGUAAAGAGGGAUUAUUCUGAAUUUGAUCGAGAUAAAUGGGAACCUAGAAGAAAUGUUAAUCACAGAUGGUUAGCAAAAAAGUUUGCAAACAUCAGAACACAAUCAAAACGAGAUCAAUUUUGCCGAGAUCAUGGUAUAACACAUUACAGCAUUCUUCUUGAUUUAGAGUAUUUUGAUGCUAUUAGAUUUUUCACUAUUGAUCCUAUGCACAAUUUAUUUCUUGGAACUGCCAAGGCAAUGUUUAAGAUCUGGGUUAAUAACGGAUUGCCUAGCAAGGAUCUACAAAAGAUAGAGGAUCGGAUAAAGACAAUAGAGAUCCCAAGCGACUUGGGUCGUCUACCUGCAAAUAUUUCUGCCAAUCAUGGGUCGUACACUGCAGAACAGUGGAAAAAUUGGACUCUCCUAUAUUCUUUAUUUUGUUUAAAGGAUAUUCUAUCCGACGAAGAAUUUAAAUGUUGGCAGUCUUUUGUACUUGCAUGCAAGUACGUUUGCCAAGGAGUUAUUUCUGAAGCUGAUUUACAGAUUGCUGAUGGACUGUUUGUGAAAUUUUGCAAGGAAGUCGAGACUCUAUGGAAAAGAAGCUAUCAAACCAAAUAUGCACCUUCACUGUCAUCUAAAAGAUAUUUUAAUCGACCAUGGCUCAGUUUUUGGUGUUUUUCAUUCCAAAGAUAUAAUGGUAUUCUUGGAAGCAUUCCCACAAACAAGAGAUCAGUCGAAUUGCAACUGAUGAGAAGAUUUCAACUCUCUCGAUUCUUUGAUGAAAAAACACUUCCAACCUUGUUUAAGGAUGAACUUUUCCCUCUGUGCACUCUGAAAAACAAUGACAAAAGUUAUGAAUGGCUGGAGAAUUCCACAUGGACUGAAAGAUACGCAUUGCACAACCUGGCUGUAACAUCACCCAGUUCCAAGUGGAAACGUUUGGGAAAAUGA